GAAAAGGUAAGAUAUGUAUGCCUCUUUUAUAGCAAAAUUACAUGUCUCCACAGCAAAAUAAGAUUUGUAAGCCUCCCUUAUAGCACAAUUAGGUACCUACAGGGUCCCGUAUACAGAUCCUAUAAAAGAAUCUCUAUAAUAUAAUCUUUCUCUCUUUGGCUAGAUGCUUUGAGAAGUGCCGUCCACUGUCGCGUAUACCCGUCACCACAGAGCUCCAUCUACCAGUCAAAUUACGGUCCAAUACUUUGCCUCGAAGAUAUCCUGAUUCCCAUCCAAAGGAAAGCCUAUUUAUAAAAGUAGCGAUCUUCUAGUUUUCUGUACAAGCAUGGAUCAAGCUCAUAUCAUGGCGGUGCCCUUCCACGGGCAGGGCCACGUCUUCCCCUGUGUCGAGCUCUGCAAGCGAUUGGCCAUCCGAGGCAUUACCAUCACAAUUCUAGCCGAUCCUUCAAUUGCCCCUUCUCUGCAAAUCACAGCCAAACAAGCCCACGAAACCCUGGGGAUCAAUAUAGGGGUCUUAGAAUUGUCCCAGCCCGAGGAAGAAGAGGGAAAAAAUGAUGAAGCUGAAGACCAGCAGCAUCCAGAAUUGUUCGGAGAGCAUCUUGUAAAGCCCAUGGAAGCGAUUCUGCAAGCACUCGAUCGCCCACCCGUCUGCAUCAUCGGCGACGUUAUGGUGCCAUGGGUAACAGGGGUCUGCAACAAGUUAAAUAUUCCCCGGGUUUCUUUCUUCACCUCAGGUGCCUGUUCCUUGGCAUUCGAAUAUGCCAUAUGGAAACACGGCGACCAGGUAGAAGAGACAAAGGAGCCGUUUGCAGUGCCCGGGUUUCCAGACUCAAUGACCGUCACUCCCUCCGACACCCGCCACCGUGCCCCGUCGGGUCCUCCCCCAGACGGCGGAGGAAGAGGGGGUCCUCCGCCAGGCCGCGGAAGAAGAGGGGGUCCGCCCGGUCACAGAGGCCGAGGGCGCGGGGGCGGGCCGCCGCCGCCGCCGGCACCGGAUGACCACGGUUCACACCGGAAUCCGCCAUGGAUGAACGGUCUCAAAGAUAGCCAUGGAGCCCUGGUGAAUACUUGCCGGGACUUGGAGUCCCCGUUCAUGGAUUACGUGAUAAAGGAAACCCAGAAGCCUGCGUGGGCCGUUGGCCCGCUUCUGCCGUCUUCCUUCUGGGAAGAGUCACCCGGAUCCGUUACACACGACAGUUCGGUGCGCAAGACCCGCAAGAGCAGCAUCGACGAACGACAGUGCUCGCAGUGGCUCGACGCCCAGGCGCCCCGAUCGGUGAUAUAUGUCUCCUUCGGCAGUGAGGUGGGUCCCUCAGACGAAGAAUGGACGGAGCUUGCACUUGGCUUGGAAGCCGCGGAGAAGCCCUUUAUUUUGGUUCUACAGGCAGAACCCGAAGAAGGGGAAGCUCAAGUCGAAGGGAUUCUUCCCGAGGGAUUUGAACGGCGGGUCGAAGGACGUGGGCUUGCAAUCCGCGGAUGGGCCCCGCAGCUGCUAAUACUGCCCCACCCGGCCACAGGAGGGUUUUUAUCGCACUGCGGGUGGAAUUCGACGGUGGAGAGCCUGGGGCUCGGUGUGCCUCUUCUGGCCUGGCCCAUACGAGGAGAUCAGCAUUACAAUGCUAAGCUGCUUACUGUUGAACUUGAAGCGGCGGCCAUGAUUGAGUUUGAUCAAGAUUCGGGUGCAGUGAAGAGGGACAGCGUUGUCAAAGGUGUGAGAACAUUGAUGGAAAGUGAUCAAGGGCUGAAAAUGAGGGAGAAAGCCAAGGGUUUAAAGGAGUUGUUGAGGUCUCCGUCUAGUCUGGAAUCAUCUCACAAGGAAUUGGACGCUUGUCUCCGCUACGUUUUAGACUUGCCAAAUCAACAAGUUCAAAGCGAGUGAUCUCAGAUCACGCGCACUUUUAGUCCAAACAGUGGACGUCAUAGAUGCAAUGAGUGUUUGAUGCCCAUAAGUGUACUAAGAAUAUUCGCACGCCUGAAUUAUAAGAAUCUUCCCUCACAACAAUCUUUGAUAGUAAUGAAAGAUAUUUUGUGUUGAA